AUGACUUGGUGCACCACAUAUCUCAGCCUGCAAAAAGAACUACUUGAAACAUGUGAUGGCCUUGGCUGCCUUGGCCCAAGGCUUGAUGUUGAUGCCACAGAGGGUCUCGGUGCAGCGCUUGCACAUGAAGCGCAGCGAGGAGAUGUGUUUUUUCUCCGUGGGGAACUGGGUUCUGGCAAGACAUCCUUAGCCAGAGGGUUUCUGCGCUCCUUCUUCGGAAAUCCCGCCUUGGACGUGCCGUCGCCAUCGUACCUGCUGCACUUUUCUUACAGCAGUUCUAGCAUGGCGGCCAAGCAGGAUCCUGUGCAAGCGUUCCAAGCGAGCGACAACUCGUUGGUUCCGGACUGCCCAGUGCAUCACAUCGACCCUUACCGACUGCCCGCUGGCAAGAUCGCAUCGUUGAUCGACUUCGAGGCCAUUUGGCGAGAUGUUUGUCUUGUUGAAUGGCCAGAGCGGCUUGGAGAUCAACUUGCAGACGAGGAGAACCCGCCUCGUUUGGAAGUGGCCUUCGAAGGCUUUGGCCCUCAGGCUGAAGGGAGAACCGUGACUCUAAGAGCUGUCGGCUCCAGAUGGCAAGGAGCCAUUGAUAGAUGGGGACAGGAGGGUGGCCCUUUGCGGUCGAGAUCGAGUGAUCCUCCGCAGCAAGCCAGCUUUGGAACUCCAGCAUUCCAGGCCGGUCCGUUGUCAAGCACGCCUAUUCUGAGACCAAGGAACUGCAGAGCCUUGCCUGAAAACAGACUCGACUGGUGCAUUCUUGGGAUUGAGUCCAGCUGCGACGACACCGGUGCUGCGGUGUUAAGGGGUGAUGGCAAGAUCCUUGGUGAAGCCUUAGCCUCACAGGCUGGUAUUCACGAGCAAUGGGGAGGUGUUGUGCCCCGAUUGGCUCAAGAAGGGCACAAGAAGGCCAUUGACGAGACUGUCGAGGAAGCUUUGCGAAGAGCAGGCUUAUCUGCGGCAGAACUCACUGGAGUGGCAGUCACAGUUGGACCUGGGCUGGGACUUUGUCUUGAAGUCGGCGUCCGCAAGGCCCUUCACAUAGCAGCAGAAUACAGGCUGCCCUUGGUGCGGGUGCAUCACAUGGAGGCGCACAUGAUGGUCACAAGGUUACCACCAUCGCCGCUGCCGGAAGGUUUUGCUGCGCCAGACUUCCCGCUCAUCACGUUGCUGGUGUCUGGGGGUCACAACAUGGCCGUCCUAACCAGGGGUGUUGGACAGCACAUUAUCUUGGGAAGCACCAUCGACGAUUCAAUCGGAGAGGCGUUUGACAAAACCGCAAGGGUGCUUGGAAUCACACAGGUGCCUGGAGGACCUCACUUGGAACGUUUGGCAAAGGAUGGUGAUCCGAAGGUUCAUGUGCUCCCAAGGCCAUUGUCGAAGACCCGGGACAAGGCAUUGAUGGAUGGCUGCGAUUAUUCAUUCUCGGGAUUGAAAACAGCAGUCAGGACACUUGUUGAGAAGCAGUUGCCUAGCGCGAAGGCAUCUGCUCUCGCAGAGGAGGAUCUUCACAAAGCCAAAGCCGACGUUGCAGCAGCGUUCCAAAAUGUGGCCGUGCAGCACUUGUGUGAACGUGCUUCACGUGCUGCAGGCUGGGCAAUGGAGCUUGAGCCAAGCACAAAGUGGCUGGUUGUGGCAGGUGGAGUGGCAGCAAACAAAGAAGUCCGAAAAGGACUGGAAGAGGUGGCAGAAGAGCACAGCUUGCAGAUGCGGUGUCCACCACCUCGGCUUUGUGUUGACAAUGGUGUAAUGGUGGCCUGGGCUGGCAUCGAGCGUUUCCUGUUGGGUCUUUAUGAGGAGCCACCCUCUAAGACUGGAGCUGAUAAUCACGUUGAGAUACGGCCGCGCUGGUCGCUUGGUGAACGGGAUCCGCGCAGCCAACAAAGAUUUCCAAAGGGCCAGAAAAGAAAAGCUGAACAUCUGAAGCCAACCAAUGCCAAAAGUGCCAAAAGUGACAAAAGUGACAAGGCCUGAAAGCUUCUGCGCAGUGCUGCAUUCCCGCGGAGCCUGUCCCACGUGGCUGCAGAUGCACCAUGCAAAAAUCGUGGCUUGAAGCCUGGCAUAUUGUAUUCCACCAGACCAGAGAUCAAGUCAGAGAAACCAAUGAAAACUUUGCAGGAAUUGCGAACAGUUU